AUGGACCAAUUAAUGAUCAAUGAGAAGAUCUGGAAUGAUGAGUUCUGGCAGAACCCCUGGGAGAAGUGGGGCCUGGUAGUGAUCGGCUUAUUCAUCACCAUAGUUGUGUCAUUCAUCUUGUUUGCUGUUGUGUUUGGUUUACUCCCUCCGCAGGAGAAGAUCCAGUGUGAAGAGGAAUGA